AUCGGAUCGAGGUGAUUGACACUGGACGCAAGAUCGGAGACUCGUGGGUUCCGAGUCAGAGACGGACUUGUCUUUUUCAGUUAUUUUUUUUUCUCGUUUUCAGUCUCUCAGCUUACCAGAUAUUUUUCCCAGUAUCCUUAAUUGUCAAUCAACGAGCGUCAAACGAACUCUCGGGGAAGGAAACCAUCUGCUUUCAAAAAAGCAAGCAGCACGAGAGCUGAUUCACAACAUCAACCCAACAAGUCGUGGACAACUUUUGUCCAGAAACGACAUAACAAGAAGACAGUGAAGUGAAGGCAGAGAGAAACCUCACGCGAACGAAACAAACAAGAACCGCGUUAUAACAAGGCGGUGUCCUCCGAAUUCAAAAUCACAACACAUUCCAUCCUUCCCUCCUCCUCCUCCUUCGUACGUGAAACUCUACACCAUCAGCCAAAAUGAGCUACUUCCGAAUCACGCUUAUGCGCUCCGCCAUCGGUCUGCCUACCCGGACAACAGGCGUGUUGAAGGCCCUCGGACUGAAGAAGCGUAUGGCUACCGUCUUCCACCCCGUGACGCAGGAUGUGGCCGGACAGAUCAUGAAAGUGAAGGAACUGGUUGAUGUUCAGGAAGUUGAUCGUCCUAUGACGAAGCAGGAGGUGCAUCUGGAGCGGAAGCCGGAUCCAGGAUACUAUGUCGAACACCCAGCCGGUGCAGAGUGGAAGGAGAAGAGACGGGCAUGAGGGAGUGCUGUCUUUUUUCGAUUGACGACUCUUUUCAUUUUUUGGGGGGAAAUGCCGUGGGUCUGCUUUCCAUGAGCCAAGGGAAUUGCACGGGUACCAAUUGCCUGUCAGAAUGAUCGGAUAUUCAACGGAGGCAUCAAUGCCCUACGGCUCAAUAAUUGGCCUCACGCCUCUGACAAAGAUGUUGAAUGGAAAAUACAUGUGCUGAUUUCUGAGAUUUUCAUUCAGCACAUGUUCGAUGGAGGUCAUGUUUGAUGCCAGUUUCCAGGGAUAGAUGGCCAUGUCUUUGGUUUUGCUAUCGCAUACCGCAUGUCCCACUACUCUCCUAUGGUGCUACUUUGUAUUUGAAACUUUGUUCUACUGUAUUAUAGAAUCUCAUCCUACGCGGCAUAAUGGCCGAUUAUCACAAGAUACGAGAUAUAUACGACAUC